AUGGAGCUGCUGGCCCAGGCGCCCGUGCUGGGGCUCACUGGCGACGCCCAUGCCUGGGCCACCGCAUGCCACCGAGCCUGCCCUCACCAGGGCGGUGACGGGCUUAGGCUACCUGGCGCUUACGUGGUCCACGGUAGUCCUCCUGGGUGGCUUCAUCACAGCGCUGACCAAGAAAGACUUUUGGUGCAUCACCGUAAUCAGCUUGAUGCAGGCAACCAGUCCGUGCUGGGAGCAGGGGUGCUGAUGAUGGUGGACAAUGGAUCUCUCAAUCGAGCACACCCUACUUCUCCUUAUAUGGAUUUUUCACGACUUGCCGACCAGCUACUCCCCAAUUUCUUCAAGCUAGUGACGCACAUUAUCCGCCACAACCGUGUCGUUCUGCGUCAUCGAAUGCUGCAUGUGACCGAAUCGUUUAGAGACAAAGAUCCCUUGGCCACGGUAGCUGCAAGAGUUGCCUCCGUUGCUUUCGUUGGACUGGCGGUGCUGCCGUUCCUGGUCAUGUGCUACGUCCCUGCCUUCCUCUACGUGUAUGGCGGGCCCGUCGCCUGCAUCGCGCUUGCCAUCUGGCGCACGGUGCAGCGCGACUACGGCGGCGGCGGGGACGACAAGGCGAACCUGGCGCCGGCGCUGGACAUGUUCUACUCCCUGGUCCUCCUCCAAGGCGGGCUCCUCCUGGUCUGGCUCUACCAUGAGUCCUGGUGGGUAGACCACCUCAUAACGCUCCGUCAACACUGCAAGCUGCCCAACACGGCAUGGUGCCGCCUGGCGCUCGUGGAGUUCCUCUGCGACACCAGGGCGAGAUGCUGGCGGAACCUCUCGUCGAUCCGUGGCCGGAAGCUCGUCGACUACGCCGUCAGCUUGCUGGACUCCGGGUCGUGGGAUGACAACCUGUCGGGGGCGAGGCUGCUGGACGAGUUCAUCAGGCAGGGGUGCGACAUGAGGUCGCUGCUUCUUCCUUCCAGGCCGAAGAUCCAGAAGCUGAUCGACUCGCUGGGAUGGAGAGAAGGCCGGCGACCGGAGGACGCAGAGAUGAGGAAGCUCGCUGCACGCAUCGUGGCGCACCUCGCCGGCGGCCUCCACCUGGCUCAGUUCCCCGGUGCCAUCCAGUGCAUAUCCUACCUUCUCCAGGACGAGGCCACGCUGGCGUACAGCGACCAACAAGGGCUCACCCAUCAUCCACAGAGGAGGCUUGCAUCAGAGAAACAGGCCAUGAUCCUUCGACUCGAAAGGAGGGAACGAGAACGGGAAGCACGCCACCAGAAAAAACUCCCCAAGAGACUACAACGUGAUGGUGUUCGCCUGCAGCAGCAGCAGCAGGAACAGCAGCUGCAACAGCAGCAGCAGCAGCGAGGAGGCGGCAGCGGUGCCUGCAACGAGCUGAUCCUGCAAGGCCUGGCGAUCCUGGAGAGGCUCGCAUCUGACCACCACAACCGCGGCGAGAUAAGCGGCAGCAGCGGUCUCCUCGCCAAGAUCACGGCGCCGCUCUACUCCGGCAGGUUCGUCCAAGGUAUCGGCAUCGCCGACUGGGUCCAUGUUGCCAACGCCACCUUCAAGGUUGUGUACCAGCUCAUCCAUGCUCCCGGGGAGACCAGCGCAAGGCUGCGCACUGAGAUCUCCUCAAACAAGCAAGCAAUGAGCAACCUCGACACCAUUAUUGUUCGUCAGGAAGCCCAACAGGAGCUGAAGAUGCGAGCGAUGGAGAUCCUGACAGAACUGGCCUUGGAUCUGUCUAUCGACCUACCCAGGGAAACAAAAAGAGCUCUCAUGAAGAAGCAGAUGCACAUCUUCCUUACCGGUGAAGGGGACCUUAGAGCCACCGCUGGGAGAACACGUACUAGUGUUAACCAAAUGAUGAUAGCAGCGGAGAUCUUGGAGAAUAUGUGUGCACACUGUGGCAAACAACGUGUGAAGGAUAUAUUGCUGCCAAAGGGACAAGAUGAAGAAAACCAAAACAUUCCUACUCAGGGAGAGACUCCUUCAUCAAGGGACCAAAAUAAGUCAUCUGAUCAAGGAAAUGAGGGGCAAACUGCUACAAAGGCAUUGCAAGAAAAACUUCUGUCGCUUACUCUUGUGAUGUAUGCUAAACUGGAAAAUGCAGAUUUCAGCAUUGCGCUUCAAAACAAUGGCUCAGCAUUUGUGGCGAAGCUCAAGAGUAUGGUAGAAGAGAACUGUCAGGCCACAGUUUGCAGUCUCAAUAUUGUGAAGCUUUGCGGUCAGAUAGCCUUAUCAAUGAUGCAGCGCAACCAGUAUACUGAGCACUUCAAACACCAGGAAUUCGUGAAGUCGCUGUGUAAGGCUAGGAAAAUCAUGUCCAACCUUGAAAGUUGUGUACUGUUUGCUGGGACUGGGAGGGAUCAUGGACUGAGGAAGAUGGCCUGGCCUCUCCUCUUUGAUCUUGAGAAAGAAGCAGAAAGGGUAGUUGGUUAG